CAAAUCGUGGCCGAGGUUGAAGCACGUCAACGGUGGAGCCCAGGGUCCGUCAAAUCGAACAUGGCGUACGUUAGGUUAUUACCGUGAGUGUGGGUCCGUUUGUCCUGGCGUGAAUGCGGAAUUGUCGCGUGUUCUGCCGGCCGACGAGGAGCGGCGUGUCCUCGGGGAGGCGUCCUCGGCGCUUUAAGGCGAGCGUUAUCCGCCGCCUGAGUCCUUAGGGCCGCUCCCCCACCGAGAAUCGGCCGCGUAAACAGUGGCUUGUGGGUAUACACACCCUGACGCGAGAGCUCGAGUGUUUUUCACGAAUUUUCCGAGCCCUCUGGACCACCCGGGAGCGUCGUACCCAACGUCGGUCGCGACGAGAACGUUUCCUGGAGCAGGUCCCAGGACUGUCGGUUCCCUAUUAGACUAUAUCCUCCAAGGGAUGCCGGCUUUCGGUUCACUGUUUUUAUACACGGAGUGCUGCUGCCCUCGGUGGUAUUAGACUACUUUGGACUCAAAGGAUUUAUAAGAAAAUUUAUGCCUUACCAUCGGCGCGAUACUUAUCUUACAUGACGUUGCCCGUCAGGUUGGAUAAGACAUUCAGGUCUUGCUUCAAGAUACCCUGCAGAAGCAUUUACAUAUUAUCAAGGAAAUCUUGCACAUACUGUUUUCUGGCAUACUAGUCUUGGAAGGUGCUCGAGCUUGUUCUGGAUACCUUAUGACUUUAAACAGCGAGUGCUGUUUAUUGAGGUACGAAGCAGGAGCAUAGACAACGGUGAGAGAUAGUCCAUACAGGAUAGCGUGGGAGGAGAAGUGUCAAGCCAUAUGCCACCAGCCGGGCUAUCGGCGCGAGGCUUGUCUACCUUGAUGGACCACGGACAUCCUGACGCUCGUCAUCGGAGCGAGCGGUUUUUACUCUACCCAGAGAAUGGCUCCUCAAACUCGCACACACCUGGCACCUCCAAUUCUUCUCCGAGGUAUCAACAUACUGCCAGAGGCAACGGUCAUUCUAGCGGUUACGGAUAUUUCUCCGGUCGUGCAUCCAACAACAAUAUGUCAGACAGCAGUGUAUCCGAUACGCACAGUGGCGGUACUGCGAGAACUGUUUCUCAACAGACUAGUCCAUCCCAUGGAACACACUCUUCAUCGCAAUCCCGUCACGACAGUAGCACCACAAUCUUCACAGCUCUUUUUGACUACAUUGCUCAGGGGGAGGACGAGCUAUCUCUACAGCGUGGAGAAACUGUUGAGGUUUUAUCAAAAGACUCAAAGAUCUCUGGAGAUGAGGGCUGGUGGACAGGAAAGAUUCGAGGGAAGGUCGGUAUUUUUCCAGCGAAUUUUGUCGCCGAGGCAGAAAGUAUCGACCGAGUAUCCUCGGUGAUAGACAAGGUCCAGCCCAUCGAGAUUGACUUCGAGGAGCUGGAACUCGAGGAAAUCAUUGGUGUGGGUGGUUUCGGGAAGGUUUACAGAGGAUAUUGGCAAAAGCACGAGGUCGCCGUGAAGGCGGCACGUCAGGAUCCUGAUGAAGAACCGAGCGUUACGCUGGAGAACGUUCGACAGGAAGCAAAACUCUUUUGGCUCUUAAAACACGAAAAUAUCGUUCAGCUGGAGGGUGUCUGCCUUAAAAUGCCACAUAUGUGUCUGGUGAUGGAGUAUGCCAGAGGUGGUAGUCUGAACAGGGUUCUAAGCGGGCGUAAAAUACGACCGGAUGUUCUCGUCGACUGGGCAAUACAGAUAGCGCGAGGGAUGGACUAUCUUCAUAAUAAGGCACCCAUCAGCCUCAUCCACAGGGAUUUGAAGAGUUCGAAUGUUUUACUCAGCGAACCGAUAGAGAACGACGACCUCCAGUACAAAACCCUGAAAAUAACGGACUUCGGCUUAGCCCGAGAGGUAUACAAGACUACCAGAAUGUCUGCUGCUGGUACAUACGCCUGGAUGGCACCGGAAGUCAUUAAGAAAAGUACCUUUAGCAAAGCCAGCGACGUCUGGAGCUACGGAGUCCUCCUAUGGGAACUACUCACUGGUGAAACACCUUACAAGGGUAUAGACGCUUUGGCCGUAGCCUAUGGAGUAGCUGUUAACAAACUGACUUUACCUAUACCAUCGACCUGUCCCCAGCCAUGGAGAUCUCUUAUGGAAGCUUGCUGGUCCUCCGAUAGUCAUUGCAGGCCAGGAUUUGUUGGGAUCCUGGUAGCGUUGGAUGAAGUACGUAGUGCUUUUGCCGCGACGCCACACGAAUCCUUUCAUACGAUGCAAGAGGACUGGAGGUUGGAGAUCGAGCAAGUUCUUUAUGGAUUGCGCAUGAAGGAAAAGGCAUGUCGCUCCUUAGAAGAGGAAUUGCGUUGUAGAGAAGAGGAACUAACGAAGGCACAGGUGCAACAGAAACAACACGAGGAAAAUUUGAAACAGAGAGAACAAGAGCUGGCGGCUAGGGAAAUUGAUCUUCUCGAGCGUGAGCUGACGGUCAUGAUAAUACAACAACAAAAUACGCCAACACCCAACAAAAGACGUGGCAAGUUCAAGAAAUCUAGAUUGAAAUUAAACAAGAAGGAACCAGGAAGCAAUAUUAGCGCACCAUCAGAUUUUCGGCAUACUAUCACGGUUCAGCAUACGGCUCUUGACAGAGGAAAAAAUAGGAAUCCUUCGAGACCAAAUAGUCCACCAGGUUCGCCCAGCAUUCCCAGGCUACGAGCAAUAGCCCUGCCAGCGGAUGGCGUCAAGGGUAAGACCUGGGGCCCAUCGACCCUCCAUCAGCGCGAACGUGGGGCCAUUAUCACCCAGCCACCGAAUCCUGCUUCCCCAGGUGGCAAGCGGUGGUCCCGCUCUGCACCGGAUCUCGAAAAGACUCCACUUCGAACCGCCCUGCUGGCAAGCGCGCAUCGCUCUCCGCUUCUUCAGGAAAUAGGCCUUUCCGAGGAAAACAUCCACUCCACGCACUAUACCGCCCUACCUCUUGAACUUCCAACUGAUUGGAUAACAACGGACUAUCCAAUAAAACCAGGACUGACUGGUCCUUACAUAAUGCCGAUGCCUGUGCCGAUGCCAACUCUCUACAAUGGGGAAGCGAAGAAACCAAAGUUAAGCAUAAUAGAGCUGGUACUGUACAACAUCGCAGCCAUGAUAGCCGGCGUCGCGACGGGCUACGACGUCCGAAUGUCCAACAUAUCACCGAUACAUCCCAGGUUGCAGCCGAGAGCAAACGAGUGCGAGGAAGAGCCUCCACGUUGGUGGUUUCAGGCAGAAACUGGCUCCGAUCGUAACUCUGGAUAUCUUGGUCCUGAUUACGAAUUCAGUUCUACCAGCGGUUACCCUCACAAUACUUAUCAUGGACCGGCACGACACUAUAGGCCGUUCUUAAGUAACAUGGGUGGUAUAGCACCGGGUCUUCCACCUACAGUAAUGCCUGACAAACCUCUGCGCUUCACGGAUUCACCUCAGCACUACGUCAGCGGUGCAAGUUCAAAUGCACCUACUCCAAGUCCAAGAAGAAAGAGUUCCAGCACCAGUAACGAGGACGCUUACUCGCCGGAGAUCGGAAGGAUCGAUAGGAUUGAGAGAGUGAUCUACAAGGGUAACAAUGUCGUACCUCCACCAGAUUAUGGACCACCUGUUUAUGCGGUUGUCCCACCUGAAUAUUACAGACCACCCGAACCAGCAUACUUUGUCCAUGCAGAAUAUCAUGACAGGAUGUUGGAGUGUCCAGAAUUUCCCCAUGCGUACGACAAUCCUAGCAGCAUAAGCAGUCCGGCAAGACCUACACCGAGGCUUCCCCCUUAUACUCAUCACAGAACAUCCUCAAACGUCUCCAACGCGAGCACCUCCAGUCAGAGUAAUGUAAAUCCAACGUUUCGAUUGGAGGACGAAGCUGACUAUUCCUUGUAUUCGCCAAGUCAUUAUUACCAACGGCCUUCGAACGUCAUCUCGAGUAUCGCAAGUUAUGGCUCUAACAUCCUGAAUCACGAAUACGGCUCGCAAUACCUGUCAAGGCAGAAUUCCCACGAUUCAAAUCCGAAUUCCGGGGACAGACCCAGUAACCUAGAAGUCGUCACCAGGUUGCGAUCAAGUCUCAAGAGAUCCAAUUACUUGUACAACUUACCUAGCAAGUGUGCCAGUAAAAAUAAUUCUGGUUCCGGGACACCGACAAAUCCUACACCUCCAGAUUCUCUCACGUCUGAAGAUUCCAGCUACGUCUCCGCCAAGGACAGUCAGAUAUCAAUAGGCAGAGUACGCUUCUCUCCGGUUACGUUUGACCGCGAGGGUAUUCCCUCUAGGGAGCACCGAGAGACACUCCUGGAUAUCCCUGUGCAUGGACAGACUCAGGACGUGACUAUACCUCUUCAGGCUAAUCGUCGACAGAGCAGAAUCAGGAAGCCCAGUAUCUCCGAGCUGGAACGUGAAUUCUUGUCAUAGCACUGGCUUAUUUAAAACCGUGCGUGUGGCUCCGCGGUUACGAUAUCCGAAAUAUUAUCUGAAAGAUAUACAAUAUAAGAAGUGAAGUUCCCAAGAGCUUGGAAAUAUAUAUAGGAUUGCCGUCAUGUGGAAUCCAAAGCAUCAAAGCCACCGGUAAGAGUACACGUAUCUCAAACUGUCAAACUGUACGACUUUGGACAUAUGGCGAUCCCGAUUACGCAAACACUGCCCCUCCGAUACCUGCACGAGAAUCUUUCAUACCUAGAAAGUAAUCGUGGCAAACCUCGUACGCUAAGAACUCGACGAUUAACAUUCCAUAAGAACGCGGCCUUGUUGCGAGAUACACUGUGUCAAGUGUUCGUGCAAUUUUGUAACAGGUCAUCUUAGAAUCUCAUAAAAUAUUGACAAGUAACAUAACCUCGAUUCACAAAUGUACAGCAUUGCCACGAGCAAUGUCUUUCUUGUAUUAUUUGAUUAAUCCAAUUAUUUUACAUUCCAAGACGAAAUCAUGGAUUGACCUUCUUUUUUUUUUAUAACAAUCUCUAAUCACUUUUUACACAGUGUAUUUCUCGAUACCAGAUGCAAUCCCAAGCAACUUUACUCAAUCAUUCGUUCCCUUAGUGGUUUUUCAUUUCAACAACGACAUUCCUAUCGAUUCCAUUAUGAUUAGAAGCCAACUCGACGUGUACAGAAAAUCAUUGGAAUUCUCUAUUAAUUCUAACUUGGUAGAUGCUUCAUCAUUACCAACGUACAUGCCAUUCGUAUCCAUCUUAUGCUAGUGCUUCAGGCUGUUAAGAAUCGUGUGCAAUUUAAAAUUGACGUUUUUCCAUUUAUACAACACGCGUUAAAAGACCUACAAUAGAGAACAAAUUGAUAUUCGAAGAGAUUACUUCGAUUAUCUCGUUAUAAUCGUUCAUAUAGACACCAUUUGAAUGGAUGGAUGUACAGUAGAGAAUUUUCAGGAUUUGAGAUCACCCAGAUACUCUAUCCUGGGCGUAUUUUGUACAGAAGUCAUCGUUUGGUCUUUUUCUAUGUAAAACAGCACAUAAUCAUUGAUGCGGUAGAGUCUACCAUAAACUAAUAUGUUAGCAUUUUCGAAAUGAGAUCAUUCAGUGUCAUUGGAACGUCGUUACCUGUACAAGUUGUGCUUCAGCAUGGUAUAUUAGCAUGAAGUGGCAGCUCGUCUGAUUAUUCUUUAGAAGAUGAAUUCAAAAUAGGAUAUGCUGAGGUUCCUGUAAAUAUGCAGAUAUAUAUACACAGGGUUAUAUAUUUCAAAAGUAUCAGUCACUGUCACGCGGAUAUUUUGAAUCAUUGAAACUUAUUGUCAUUGAAUGUAGUGUCCAUAGCGCAAUUAAUUUUAGAAACGAAACUCACUCAAUGAUUUCAGCCACAAAGUAUGGUCGUCCUUGUGUUGAUUAUGUCACACACGUGAGUGUCUAUGGGUCUGACUGUCUUCGACACGUCUCGGAUUUCCAUUUGAAUAACCCUGUAUAAUUUUAAGCAACGCUAUAGGAUCAAGACACUGCAUAUUAUACAUAAUCAAUGUUGUAAAUAUAAGUUUGAACGCUGAAUAGGGUUGUUAGACUUAAUAAGCGUUCAGCGAGAGAAAGAGAGAAACGAGCAGCGGCAAUUCUUACAUUCCCCCUUAGACUUUAAGUAUUGGAUGAUAAAGAAGGCAGGACUAAGGCAGAGAGAAAAGGCAAAGUAACAAAACGACGAAUAUUGUACAGAACGGAACAGAGAGAUGAAAUGAAAAGUGAAAAUAGGUCGAUCGCGACAUACACUAGGUGUACGCGAAAUCUCUAAUCUCUAUGUAAUUUUUAAUUAAUUAUUAUAACGAGGACGAAUAACUCGUCUCGCUUCGUCCGACUGGAUGAAGUGCGAAGUAAAAUCAAAAAGAGAGACAACAGACGAGAAACUGGAAGUAGCCGAACGAGACGUAAGAUCAGGCAAAAACGUAAUAGGACGAGGAGCGUUUUUGUUUCAUUUUUUUAAAUAUAUAUAAAUUAUAUAUAUAUAUAUAUAAAAUCCUGUCACGUAUCGUUCAGCGCUGUUUUUGAAAUCAAAAAAUCUCUUAUCUCUUUCCACUUCGUUAACUAAUUCGAAGUUGAUCAUGAAUCAAAUGACUCGCUGUGCAUAAUUUUUAUUGCUUCGUUUUCUUUUUUUUUUUUUUUUCUUUUUCAAUAUAAAUUAUGUUCUCUUCUCUGUAUUUAUUCUUUCCAUUUCUCUGUAUCUGGCUCGACGUAAGCGAGGACAGAAAUUUGUUUUCUGCAAGCAGCAUUUCCCUUUUCAUCAUGAAUUCCCCAGGAAAGAAUGACCAUCAGUAUUGUAGGAUACGCAUCGCAAUGUAUAUAGAGUGUAUAACGGUUUGGAUGAGUGAGCAAUGUUGUGGUUCGUCUGGGAGCAUUCGACUUGGCGUUCCUGAUCCUGAAAGCACAUGAAAGAUGUAUUGAAAAAGUGUUGCCAUUUUUAAUACGUCGUAUUUCACGUAAGCGAUUAUUGGUUUAUACUGGAACCUCGUGUAUUCUUAGUGUUGAAGAUUAACAUAAGGAGAAACAAAAUAACGUCAUGAAGGAUCAUACACAGGCGAAUGCUUCUUGAGAUGAUGAGAUUGAAGGAUGAGAGAGAGAGAGAGAGAGAGAGAGAAAAAA